AUGAAGAAAUUCAACGAGGAACCGCCGGUGUAUCCAACAGUGAAGGUUGAACGAACGGAGUAUUCUGUCCAAUUUCAAACCAAAGACCCGAAAACAAAAUAUAAAGAAUAUAAUUGUACCCACAAUCCUGUCGGGAAUGUCCUUACACCUACAACAUGGGAAAUCAUCGGAGCGAAGUCUAAUCAAAAGAAGAAACAUCUACUUGUCUUCCAUCUUCUUCCGCAAAAGGCAUCACGAAUUAUACAAUGGGAGAUGAUUGUUCAGAAUAUUGGGGGCCAUGAGAGAGGUCAUGAGUUAAAUGUGGUACCAAAAUUGCUUCCAGAUUCGCCAAACGGGCCCGAAUGCGAGGAGCUUCAAAUUCUUUUUCCAACGGACAAAUAUGACUUGCUGACUAUCGUUCCGCAUACUACGACCACAACUACCACAACAACUUCCACUCAAACGACAACUACAACGGUUACAACAACAACUGAAAAACCUAAAGGCUCUGUGACUAUCAUCGUUGUGAUUGUUGUGGUUCUUCUGUGUAGCUCUUGUGGUGGGGCUGUUGUCUACUUUGUCUUCUUGAAGAAGGGCGGCGACUCUGAUGGAGACAAAUCAAAGAUGGACGAUAAAGGCACAAAAUCUAAAAAGGACGACAAAGGCAUCAAGUCAAAAACGGACAAGGACUCCAAAUCUGCUAACUCGGAAGCAGCGACGAAUUCAAAAGUGAAGGAUGCUGAAGGAGGCAAAAAGGAGGGAACUAGUUCUACUGCAAUUGAAGAGGCAAAGUCUAUGGGAAAAAUAUAA